AUGGAAGAGAGGCUUGGAGGGCUAGGACACAUGUUGACAACGGUGUUCCUGUCAUCAUUCGCCGGAUUCUUGGUAAGGCCGGUCAUGACUGACGUCACCGUCGCUGCGGUUUGCUCCGGCUUAAAGGUAGGACUUGGGACAAUGGUAAUGAUGCCGGUAAUCGGGAAUCUAGCCGACAGGUAUGGAAUCAAGGCAUUGCUCACUCUUCCCAUGUGCCUCUCUAUAAUUCCUCCAGGUUCCUUUUUUCUCUCUAAACCGAGCUAA